GGUUGUCAGUUUGACUUGUAGUCGUCACGAUUUGCUGAAUCACACAAACUCUUCCGCAUCGUUAAAACUUUGGAGACGACAAGACACGGUCAGUGUCCGGCUUCCAUACAGAGGCAACUGUUUGUAGAUAUCUGCGUUAUUUUUUAGAGGUCUAUGCGAUUGCUAGAGUUUUAGAAUACUCAGUUAGUAAAAGUAACGAUUCUCAAGUGUUUAGAACGUUCGUUUUGGGGUAUUUCAUCGCGCAGUGAAUGGGGCCAUUACACAAAUGGCAUAUGACAACUGACAAGCCGAACAAGCUGAAAACUGUGGUUUUCAUUUGAAUGGAGUGGAUUAUUUUUGACUGAUCUGCAUUUUCUCGCUGCUAUACUGAACCUUGAGAAAUGAAGCUCGGCAGACAUUUCACAGUUUUUGGCAGUGCCAUAUUCUGUGUGGUGGUAUUCUCAUUGUACCUCAUGUUGGAUCACCUUCAGUUAGACCACAUAAAAAACCCAAGUAAUGGAGAGAGAUUUGAGAACGGGCAGUUGGACAUCCUUCAGGACAAAAUAGAUCACCUCGAAAGACUACUUGCAGAGAAUAACAAAAUCAUUGCCAACCUCAGGGAUUCAGUGUUGAACCUGAGAACAUCAGUUAAGGAUGGCAGAGGGUCUCUGGAAGCUGGGAACGCAAGCCAGGUCUUGGUGGUACCCUCUGCUCCACGGAUGGGGCCCAUUGACUUGGAGGACUGCCAGUUUUCUGCUCAGACCUAUUCUAAGGCUGCAGAUACUGUACAGAUGUUGGAUGUGUAUGAUUUGCUCAGCUUUGAUAAUCGUGAUGGUGGCGUAUGGAAGCAAGGGUUUGAUAUCUCAUAUGAGGAGAACGAAUGGGACGAUGAGCCUUUGCAAGUGAUUGUUGUUCCCCAUUCACAUAACGACCCUGGCUGGCUGAAGACGUUUGAUGACUACUACCGAGACCAGACACAGCAUAUCCUAAACAACAUGGUGGUGAAGUUACAUGAAGACAAACGGAGGAAAAUGAUCUGGUCUGAGAUCUCUUACUUUUCCAAAUGGUGGGACAGCAUUGACAACCAGAAGAGGGACGCUGUCAAGAAACUUAUAGAAAGAGGCCAGCUGGAGAUUGCCACUGGAGGCUGGGUGAUGCCUGACGAAGCCAACACACAUUACUUUGCGCUGAUAGAUCAGCUACUGGAGGGCCACCAGUGGUUGGAAAGAAAUUUGGGAGUGAAGCCCAGGACUGGCUGGGCUGUGGACCCAUUUGGCCACUCUCCCACCCAGGCCUAUCUCCUGAAGCAGGCCGGCCUAUCCAACAUGCUCAUCCAAAGAGUGCACUACUCUGUAAAGAAGCACUUUGCCACCCAGAAGACCCUAGAGUUCUUCUGGAGACAGAAUUGGGACCAGCACUCCAGCACGGACAUCUUCUGCCACAUGAUGCCAUUCUACAGUUAUGAUGUACCCCACACUUGUGGUCCUGACCCAAAGAUUUGCUGCCAAUUUGAUUUUAAGAGGCUGCCAGGGGGACGUAUCAGCUGCCCCUGGAGGGUUCCUCCUCAGGCCAUCACCAGUGAUAAUGUGCAACAGAGGGCUCUCUUGCUGUUGGACCAAUACAGGAAGAAGUCCAAACUCUUCAGGACCAAGGUGGUUUUGGUUCCACUGGGUGAUGACUUCCGCUACACAGAGGCUCAGGAAUGGGAUCAGCAGUUCAAUAACUACCAGAAGCUCUUUGACUACAUGAACUCCCAUCCUGAGCUUCAUGUACAGGCCCAGUUUGGUACCAUUUCGGAUUAUUUUGAAAUUCUGCGCAAAAAUGUUGGCAUGGACAAGGUUGGCAUGAGUGCGGGAGUGUCACCUUUUCCUGUACUAAGUGGCGAUUUCUUCACAUACGCUGACAGAGACGACCACUACUGGAGCGGUUACUUCACUUCUAGACCAUUUUACAAACAGCUGGACCGCACGCUAGAGUCCCACCUCAGGGCAGCUGAGAUUCUUUAUUCUCUAGCCUUUGCUAGUAUACAAAAGUUUGGAAAUCCUAACAACUACCCUGCAGUAGAGAAUUAUAAGUUGCUAACUGCAGCAAGACGAAAUCUCGGCUUGUUCCAGCACCAUGAUGCAAUUACAGGCACAGGAAAAGACUGGGUUGUAGUGGAUUACGGAACCAGAUUGUUUCAUUCUAUUUUGAAUGUGAAGCGAGUGAUUGUGAGCUCAGCUCACUGGCUGGUGCUUGUCGACAAACAAACAUACACCUAUGACCCUGCAAAUCCACUACUUCAGAUAGAUGAAGUCCAGCCAGCUCAGGAUGCCUUACCACGCAAAACUGUCUUUAAGAUCAGUACAACACCAAGGUCAGUGGUGGUAUAUAACCCCAGUGAGCAGGCCAGGACGUCUGUGAUAAGUAUCUAUGUGACAACUCCCCAUGUGCACAUACUUACUGCCCACGGACAGCUGGUCAACGUGCAGAUAAGUGCAGUCUGGGAAGAUGUCAGCCACGCUUCCACAGAAGCCUUCCAGUUGUCUUUUGUAGCUAAUGUGCCACCGUUGGGCCUGGCUGUGUACCAGCUUUGUGAGGGUGCAGAGCUACAGUCUGAGUCGGCCCGCUACGUGUUUCUGAAGGCUGGUGGAGACGUGUCAGUUACCGGGACAGAGCAUUUCAGAGUGUCUGUCCCCCAGGAAGCUGUCCCUGUGUCCAUGGAGAACCCCCACCUCCAGCUCUCCAUCUCUUCUACUACAGGACUAUUAGAGACACUGAAACUAAAGGAAGAUGGGUCAAAGCACUCAAUUAAAGUGGAGUUUUUGUGUUAUGGAACAACCAGCAAAAAGGACAAGAGUGGUGCCUACUUGUUUCUUCCUGAUGGAGAAGCUACGAAAUGCUCUCCCUCCCAGCCUCCUGUGAUCCGAGUAACAAAAGGGCCUGUGUUUUCUGAAGUCACAACAACUUUUACGCAUGUCACACACACUCUUCGGCUUUACAACAUCCAUGGAGUGGAUGGACAGGCUGUUGAGAUCAGUAAUUCUAUAGAUAUAAGAGGGGAGUUCAACCGUGAAAUUGCAAUGAGGAUAACAUCAGAUCUUAACAGCAAGGACCGGUUUUUUACCGACCUCAAUGGUUUCCAGGUGCAGCCCAGAAGAUCCAUGACUAAGCUGCCGCUGCAGGCUAACUUCUACCCCAUGACGAGCAUGGCCUACCUGGAGGACUCAAGCAGAAGACUAACCCUGCUCACAGCGCAGUCUUUAGGUGCUACCAGUCUCAAAAGUGGUCAGCUGGAGGUGAUCAUGGACCGACGAUUAAACCAGGAUGACAACCGUGGCCUGGGCCAGGGAGUGUUAGACAACAAGAUCACUGCCAACUCCUUUCGCCUGCUGCUGGAGCUCUUUAACUCUGCCGAAGGGGCCCAGAGAGAAAACACUGCUCCAUUCAGCUACCCAUCUCUAUUGAGCCACAUCUCCUACAUGUACCUCAACCACCCGUUUAUGCCCAUGAUGACCAGUUUGGACUCAACUGUACUGGCCCUCGCCCCUUACAGCCCUCUGAGCUCCCCUUUCCCUUGUGACAUCCACCUGGUCAACCUGCGCACCAUACAGUCUCAGGAGGAAGAGGGAGGUCCAUCUGAGCAUGCUGCUUUAAUACUGCACAGAAAAGGCUUUGACUGUAGCAUCUCCACUAAGGACACUGGCCUACUGUGCAGAACCACACGUGGCAAGAUUCACUUAGAGCAACUCCUGACAGAACUGAAAGUUAUCAGCCUCAUUCCUGUCUCGCUGUCUUUGAUGCACCAAUCCCCAAGAGGACCAGCGGAACAGGAGAUCAACCUUAAACCAAUGGAAAUCUGCACAUAUCGUGUCCAGCUGACAUAAGUCAUGACUAGAAUGAACUUCGUCGCUUAGGACGGAUUGUUCCUUCACUUAGUAAUCUGUGUGGGCCGUGCUGUCACCUUCAAUUGAGAAUGCUAUAAGUAAAAAGGGAGCUUCAGUUACUAAAAUGACCCUAGGAAUCUGCUCAGUGUUGUCUAAUGGAGUAUGGUAAACAAAGAUUAGGUUUUAAUGGGGGGAUUUGAUGAAGCAUUUCAGGCAUGAUUCCAGUUUAUCAUUUUAUGUUUAUUUUUCUUUCUCCAAAAAACUGUCUGUUUGAUCUUCAUCCAUGUGAUUAAGUGAUAAUUAUUUAUUUAUUGUUGUUUUGUGGUAGUGAUUUCUGACUGGGACUUUGUGGAAAAGUGCAAUAUGGGUUUUCUAUGUUUUUUUUUUCCCAGCCCACUCAGGUUUUGUCUUCCUUUAAAAUAGCUUGCAGUCCCCAGUUGUAAUUAGUUGUUUAUUUGUUAAACAUAGAGUCUCUAAGAUAUGCAGAUGAAGCCAUUAGUCAUGGUUGUGUACUUGGACUGUGGAAGAAAUAUAAAUCUUCAGUUGAAAAGGAAAACUACACUGAUCAGAAAAUAUAAAGUAAGAACUAUUUUUUUCCUCAAACAUUUUACAAUUUUUGUAACUCGAUAUAGUGAAAUACAACUGGUAAGAUAA